AAACUAACGCCGGCUGAAGGUGAGAGUUGUCUGCACGACCUGCCGCCCUCAGGUCAGAACACGGCACGGAUCAGUGAUCAGGUCGGUUAUCCACGUGUACUAACCGAGACCAGUGAUUUAUGGUGUGGACAGUGGAAGCUACUCUCCAAGCAGAGAAAUAACUGAGCUGAGAAGCUUCGUGAUCGUACAGUGACUCACAAAAUACAAGUUUCUUCAACCACAAACAAAUGACAGGAAAAUGUCCUGGAAGGCGGCCAAAGGUCCACUGCUGAACUUGUUGUGUACGAUUCUCCUGGCUCUGUCAGCAGAAUUCAUGGCGCUCAGUCAUAUGGGAGGAAUACCGGGAUUCCAACUCCUGUUCUUACUCAGAGUUACCCAGUUUCUGACUGUUGUCGUGUUCGUUCCUUGCUUCUGUCCAAAACUUGUAGGUGAAAAUCUGCGACAAAAUCUCCAACUGUUUCUUUCGACGGUCGUCAACGCUGUUGCCAACACCUUGAUGUACCUGUCCUUCACCUACGCCGCCCCUGGGAUCGCGUUUGGAAUCGUCCAAGGAACCGUGCCGCUGUUUACAACGUGUAUCGGCUUUAUCAUCCUAAAGGAAACCGUGACUCUGAUUCCAUGUUGUGGGAUUCUCAUCAGUGUGAUAGGCGUGGUUCUAGUCGGUAUAGGGAUGGGACACGAGGGUGCGGACUCCACCCAAAAACUCGUCAUAUCCAUCCUCCUGCCCCUCGCUGCUGCCCUGGCCAGGGCGCCGGGCAUGGUGCUGUCCCGUGCUGUUCUGAAGGACCUGCCCGGCCUGACGAUCAUGCUGUACUUAUCCAUGUUCGGGACAGCGGCACAGUUCAUCCUGACCUACUCACUGGAGACUCCUGUGUGGACCAUGUCAGCACAGACAGCCGGGUACGUGGCAGGGUUAGGUCUGACCCAGUCCCUGGCCACGCUAACCCUGCUGGGGGUACUGGACGUGGAGAAGGCAGCCAUUGCUGUCGCCAUGGGAACACUGGUGGUACCAAUCACCAUCCUCAUGGACUACCUCUUCUUGUCCAAGGUACCGGUACUGCUGAAGUGGGUGGGGUUGUCUCUGGUGGUAGUUGGUACUGUGGUACUAAGCAUUUACACGUGGUGGAAGCAUCAUCAAGAGGAAAAGCACAAAAAGCUACUGGAUGAGUUGGACUUUUCAGAGAAUUGA